CUCAUCAGCUGCCCAACUAUUUAAGGGCAUGGGAGCAGCCCAGCCCUUGCCCACAUCUGUCUGUUAGAUCUCAGCAGCUGGAGGGAGAGUUAAAAGAGCAGCACCAUCAUCAUGUCUUGCGGAAUAGUUUGUACCAACAUGGGUGUCAAGGCUGGAAAGCGCAUUGGAGUGAAGGGUGAAAUCGCUGCAGGUGCCAAGAGCUUUGUGCUGAACCUAGGGAAAGACCAAGCCAACGUAGUGCUGCACUUCAAUCCACGUUUUGAUGCUCAUGGGGAUGUGAGGACCAUCGUGUGCAACUCCAUGGACAAAGGGGAGUGGGGUGCUGAGCAGAGAGAAUCAGCCUUCCCCUUCCAGGAGGGCACCAAUGUGGAGAUGUUCAUCACUCAUGACCCAAGUAAUCUAACAAUUGCUUUGCCAAACAACCAUCAGUUCAAGUUCCCUAACCGGUUGGGUCUCCAGGUCAUCGACUUCUUGAAUGCAGAAGGUGACUUCACAAUCAAAUCCAUCCAGUUGGAAUAACUUCCCACUCCUCACACUCCAAAGGGAUAUUUAAAAGGAAACACAAUAAACACCACUGAAUUUGGUCUACUAAACCAA